UGCUCUGGACUUCUCUGGCUCCCCCAAAUGCUGGGGACCAGCAUUUGGGACCAGCUACCCCUGGGCUGAAGGAAACGAGUGAGGAACCACCUGGGGAGAACACUUCAGGACUGAAGGCUUGAAAAGGCCUUGGGUCCUAUCGCCUACUGAGAGCCUGGGUUUCCGCCCAGCCCUGGGACAAGAGGUAUGGACCAGGCCGCAGUAAAAAUGCCCGCCGCCUGAGCUUCAGACCAUGUAUUCGUACAGCUGCCUGGAUUCCAAGGAGGGCGUCUGGCCUCCGCUGCAGCCCCUCACCUACACCUACCCGCCCAGCCCUCUGCUGCUGCCCCCCAUCCACGCCCAUAGCUUCUACAGCUGGCCCCCAAGCCUGAGCGUAGGCGAGUGGCCGGCUCCGCGGGAAUACCACUGCUUCCACGGCCCAGGCGCGCCCCUGGCGGCCGCGCUGCCCUCGUGGGCCUUCCAGCAGGCCUACGCCGCGGCCCUGCUCCCGUCUUUCCCGGCGCCCGGCUACCUGGGGCCAUCUCUACAAGGGCCCGCAGGGGAGGAGACGGCGGCUGCCCAGCGCUGGGCGCAGUGGCCCGAAGGGGGCUGCCUGCAAGCCAAACUGCGUUGGGGCCGCGUGGAACGCGCGCUGGGCCCGCGCCUAGAGUUGCCGGAUGUGGUGCUCCGGGAACUCCGGCGCGUGUACGGCACGUACCCGCGCACCGACGUGCGCGUCACCUACCGCGGCGGCCAGUUCCUGCUUCAGGCCACGCCGCGCGUCCCCGAGCCCGAGUACCGUGUGCAGAGGCGCGUGCUGCAGCCGCCCGCCAGCAGCGACAGCGCUGACAGCAGCCCCGCCGCGGAAGUGGCAGAGCGUGGACGCGGGAGGACGAGGAAAGGCCGGAGCUGAGGACGCCGCGGGGCCCGGCGGCCGGCCCGCCUGCACGCCGCCCACCUGCUGCACUUCCCUGAUUUCUCUCACGAUAUUGCUGGAUAGCGGGGGAAGGGCGAGAAGAGAUCCAGAACAUCUCGGGGUGGAUGUCCUGUUUCUCUUCCCUUCCACCCGGACUUGGGAAACCUGGGUGUGGGGCGGAAGAAGGGCGUGGACCCUUUGUUUCGUCUCUCCCUCCUCCUCCCUAUCUUAGAAUCCUGCCCUGCGCCAGGCCCCCACUUUCCUUUCCCCCUCCUCCGCCUAACACAGCUCCCCGAAUUGCCCAAGUUCCUACCCAAGCUGAGGGCCCACCUAUCCGCAGGUUGUAGUGAAAAGUAAAUAAAUGAAUGAAGUUAAGUGCA